AUGCUUCAGGCAUUUAAUCAUACAUCGGGAAGACUGGUGGAAGCUAGCCCGAAUAAUCCGCAGAUAUCUAACAAUGGCAGAGACGGGUUGGUAGAUUCCAGGAUAUCUUCGAGUCCUGCCGCACGCCUAAAGAGACAGAGCUCCAAUCCGUACAGCUACAUUGGGUCAAAUUACAUCAAGAGACGAUCAGCACGGCCAGAGUGCACUGUGAAGAAUUCGGAAUUUUUGGACAACCUGAUCUUUGAAGACGGUGUGAAUGAAACGGAGACUGAGGACAGUAUGAAGAAUCACAUAGCAACACCCAAGACGCCGUCAAAAUUUGAUAUGUCUCGAAGACAAAGUUUCGUGAAGAAAGCUUGGGAUGACCCUCAGGUGCCUAUGUCAUACAUUACUGGAGCUCCGCAGUCCCCCUACUCUUUUUCACAAUUGAAAAAUUCAAGAGGCUUAUCGGAUAACAACGGGAACAGCAAUCGAAGCAGCCGUCAAUUUCAGCCCUUAUCAGGAAUGGGGACGAGGAAAUUAAACGAAGAAUCCAUUGAAUCCAUUCGACGCGAUGGUAAUGGGAAUAAAAGCGUUGGAACAGGAAAUGGCAAUAUGAAUAAUAACACGACUGAAACUCUGGACAAUAACGAUAGUGGAGAAUCAAGGGAUGCUACCAUGAAUGAUUCGCUUCAAAAUAAUCAUAAUUCGCUGAACGGCGAAGGCAAUAUCAACGAUAGCAAUGCAUAUACCAAUACCGGUGGAAACACACAUGGUAAUGGCCUCAAUGAUGGCAAUGGGAAUAGAAGUAAUGAUAAUAGUAAUGAUAAUAAUCAUGGUAAUGGUAACGGAAACGGAAACGACAAUAGCGGUAAUAGCAUUCCAUCAUCGGGAGUGCCCGUGAAAAAGUCCAGUCAAACACUCGUUCAAAAAUUACAAGAUAUUUAUAAAAUAAUCGUGAAGCAAGAAAUUGAGUUGCAGGAGCGAUGUUCUCAGCUUACAACGUCACAAACAACUGAGUUGAAAAAUUUGUGGACCAUUUAUAGAAUCAAUUCUGAUCUUAUUAACAAUUACGUUACUUUCAUCACGACGGCGCUUUUACCGUCACAAUCAGAACAAGAUUUAGCAAUUGGUCAGGAAAUCGUGGAGAUUUAUAGAAUAGAAAGAAGACUGUGGGUUUAUGGUACGAUAACGUUUCUUGAUGUUCUGAAAAACUUUUCCAAUUUUAUGGAUCCAGAGGUUUGUUGUCAAUUUAUUACGCAUGUAUUCAUUUCGAUAUCCAACAUGUUAUCUGAUAUACCGUCAAAAUAUGCAAUUCCUUGGCUUCAAAGACUCGGAGAUUUGUCACGAAUGGCUAUUGCUCUUUAUCCCUCCGGUUUCAUAGAUUGGAAGCUUAGUGCAGAACAUUGGUAUAUGGAGGCAAUGAAAUUUAGUUAUAGCCAUGGUAAAUUGUAUUAUCACAUGUCAACAGUUCAACAAAAUACUUUGGAAGCUUUCGUAAACCUUGGUAAAAGUGUUUUCUGUCAAGAUACUUUCAUACCUUCACAGCAGUACAUGCAAUUGGUCAUCGAUAAUAUAUAUCAAAGGGCGUUCGUGGAAAGAAAUGGUGGAAAUCAUAGAAACACUCAAAUAAUUGAAUACUUGAAACAUAGUGAAGUUAUGUUAUUGCCUAGUUUCGCGGAAAGCCUAGAUCUACAACAGGUUGUUUUGGUAUAUUUCAGGGAUAAAUUUGGAAUAGAUUCCACUGAUAAUAAUAUUUUCUGUACUAAAAAUAUGUUCCAACAAAACUCAGAUCAAUUGAAGUACUUUUUCAGACAUGCACCUGUAUUUUCUGAGUCGCAUAUUUUACAAUUGGUUGGAUUUGGUGAACCUAAAAAUCCAUUUGCUCUUCUCUUUGGUUUACCUAAAUAUUUAAAAGAGCGAAAGGAUAAGAAGGAAAAACGAAAAACAAAAGCCCCUUCCUCGAUCGAAACAUCUAGUUCGAUGGCUAUUGAUGACGAAGAUCCAGACCCCUCCCUGUGGGAUUCUUCACCAAACGAAUUCUUUGAAAAUAUCGACUCUUUAAAAUAUCAAAAUUUAUUCCCAUCAUCUAUCGAAAUCUGGAAUGAAUCGUUAAAUUAUAUCAACAUGACAAGUCUUAAGUGUGGCAUGCUCGUACUUCAGAAAUUCCUUCAAGGUCCUAUGGUAAUAGCUUUGCCGCAUCUACUCCCUUGGACAUAUUUUGUUAUCUCUGUUUUCUUAAAAAUUGAGGAAAUUCAAGAUGAAUAUAGCCGUCAGUUUUGGAUUGACUUCAUGAAUCGAAUUUUCCCAUGGAACACAAUUGUUAAUUUCCUUAACAUGCUACUUGCAUUCAUGUUAGAUAGCAACUAUCAAACAUCGAUAAUCAAUAGACUUUGCUCACAAUACUCGCGAAUGAGCUUAGACGAUCUUUUGGACUACUUCAAUAAUAACGAGGAGUUACCAGAAGUUUGGAAAUGCUGGGGCACCCUUUGGUUCGAUGUUAUACACAGCAAAGGCCAAACUGAGGUUGAUGGUUACGAAAGCGUUGGAAUUAAAGAUUACAAAUUCUUAGACACACCAAUUGAUGGAAUAGGAUUUGAUGAAAACGAUGAAUCGGGUGAGAACUUUUGGAAACGGUCUUGUAGAGUAAUAUUUUUAUUCAAAGAGUUCGCGCAAAGGUUUGACUCCAGACUUUCGUUAAGCUUUACAGCUCCCGUGUCAUCUAGAAGGGAAUCUCUUCCGUGUGAUAAUGUGAUAAAAUCAUUUUCCUUCAAAUUAAACAAAGAAUCUUCUCUGAAUAGUGACGAUAGCUUGUCAUCGGCCCUUAGAAAUGCAGUUAACAUAUUUGAGGUUGCUGAUGCCGUGAAUACGGAUUACAGCGCAACGCCGAUGCUAAGUGUCGCUAAAAAUGAAAGCUUCUUUGAGUAUACGGGCUACAAGAAAUUAUACCCUACUUUCAGCUCAUAUGACAAAAGCGGGGAGUUUAUCAGUGGAUCAUUCUAUACUUCUGUUCUAAACGAUUCGUCGGUAAAAGUUAAUUCACAGAAAGUGAGCAGUACCAGCGCCACAAAUAUUAAUUGUGACACAAAUAACUCUGAAGUACCAGAAGGAGUUUCAGUUUUAAAUGAGGAGCACUUAUUCAACGAAUGCAUGGACCCUACCACAAACAAAUUUUAUUCGAGAGACGAAUUUCGAGUUGUGGACCCCUCGUGUGAGAUGAAUCAGAAGGAAACGUAUUUUGUUCUUGACGCGACAUCAUGGCUAAGGCAUUUCGGUCAUGUAUAUAAGUUGGCUACAAGAGAGGCCCUAAAAUUCGCCAUUUGCUUAACCACAUUUCAAGAGCUUAGGUUUCUGAGAAAAUCAAAGGAUGAAAAUGUAGUUGAGGCAGCAACGAGAGCAAUCAUUACUGUUAGACAAUUGUACAAUGAACAACGAAUUUUGCCUUUGAGGUUCACUGGUAAUGUUGCAACGCAUAUCGAGGAACAUCUGGAAUUUGAAGAACAAAUUACGUGGAGAUCGCAUGUCGACGAAUUUGUCAUCGAGGCCGUCAUCAAGGCACAAGAUAAAUUCAAAGAAAUGAAGGUACGCGAGGGCUGCAAGACGGAGAACUCACAAAGUCUUAAACAUGUUGUAUUGGUCACAGAUGAUGCAAGUAUGCGUAAGAAAGCAUUGAAUCAGGGAAUUGCUACGUUUACUACAAGAUUUGUGUUCUCAGUCUGCAACGCGAUUGGUUGGAAGAAAUAA